AAAUCUCCCAUUGCCCCCUGGCAUCUCCAGUUACACCCAACAUCUCUCAUUGCCCCCAACAACUCCACUUGCCCCUGGCAUCUCCCAUUUCUCCCCAGCAUCUCCCGUUGCCCCUCUGCUAUUUCUCAUUGCCCUCCCCAGCAUCUCCUGCUGCCACUGCCACCUCCAAAUCCUCCCCACAUCUCUCAUCAUCCCCUGGCACCUCCCAUUGCCCCCUGUUAUCCCUCACUGCCUCCCAACACCUCCCAUUGCCCCCAAGUGCCCCUGGCAUGCCCAAUUUUCCCCUGGCACCUCUCAUUGCCCCCCUGGUAUCUCCACGCGCCCCCAACACCCCUCCCUUUGUCCCCCCGCCCCGGAGGUGCCGAUGCUGCGGCGGUGCCUGACCUGGCUCCGCUCCACGGCCGCGGCCGAGGCGCUGCCCCUGGACCAGCCCGUGCAGUGCCACCAGCUCGUGGGGUACGUGGUGCUGGCCCUGGGGGCCGCUCACAGCGGGGCUCACAUCGCCCACCUCGCCCGGCUGGCACAGCGGGACGGGGGCCCUGCCCUGCUCGAGUCGCUGCUGUGGGCACGGCCCGGGGGGGGCGGCGUUGGGGGCACAGCCCCCCAGACCGGGCUGGCCCUGCUGGCGCUGCUGCUCGCCAUGGGCACCUUCUCCAGCCCCUGCGUCCGGCGCCGCGGCCACUUCGAGGUUUUCUACUGGACCCACCUCUCCUACAUCUCUGUCUGGACCCUCCUCAUCCUCCAUGGCCCCCACUUCUGGAAGUGGUUCUUGGUUCCUGGCUCCCUGUUUGUGCUGGAGAAGGUUCUGGGCUGGGCCUGGCGCCGGGCGGGGGGGCUGCACAUCGUGGAGGUCAACCUGCUCCCCUCCAAGGUGACUCACCUGGUGAUCCAGAGACCUCCGUCCUUCCACUUCAAACCCGGGGACUACGUGUACCUGAACGUCCCGGCCAUCGCCUCCUACGAGUGGCACCCCUUCUCCAUCAGCAGCGCCCCCGAGCAGCCAGAGACCCUCUGGCUGCACAUCAGGUCUCUGGGCCAGUGGACCAACAGGCUGUACGAGUACUUCCAGCAGCUGGAAUCGCCCAGCCCGGAGCCGAAUCCGCCCGGGAGGAGCCGGAGCUGGGCACAGGAAGGCUCGGUGGCCUCUGGCAGGGAUGGAUCUGUCCAGCUGACAGCGUUCAGAGCCACUGCCCUGGGACAGGACCUGGAGAGGGGGGGUUCCACCGGCCCGGGGGAGACCCGGCGGCUCUGCAGUGUCAAGUGCUUCCUGGACGGUCCCUACGGGACCCCGACGCGGCGGAUCUUCCUGUCGGAACACGCCGUGCUCAUCGGGGCCGGGAUCGGGAUCACCCCCUUCGCCUCCAUCCUGCAGAGCAUCAUGUACAGGUACCGCCGGCGGAGGCUGAGCUGCCCCAGCUGCCACCAUUCCUGGUGUGAGGAGCUGCGGGACCAGGACAUGACCCUCAGGAAGGUGGAUUUCAUCUGGAUAAACCGGGAUCAGAAGCACUUCGAGUGGUUCCUCAGCCUCCUGAGCAAGCUGGAAAGGGAGCAGGCGGAGCUGGAGCCGGGAGGGCGGUUCCUGGAGCUCCACCUGUACAUGACCUCGGCCCUGGCGAGGAGCGACGUGAAGGCCCUGGGGCUGCAGGUGGCGCUGGAUCUGCUGGCGGCCAAGGAAAAGCGGGAUUCCAUCACCGGGCUGCGCACCCGGACACAGCCCGGCCGGCCCGACUGGGGCAAGGAACACGGAGCUGGAGACCCGCUUGAAACCUCCCAGGGAUCUAUUCUGGAAGUUGGAAAACCCGGAGAUGCGUUAGAAUUCCCAGCCCUCCCUUUCCUAAGGUAUGGUGUGAAUAUGCGUUGCUUGGCAGCUCGGGUCAACUACAAGACUCUGAUCGUCAUCUGUGCCCUGUUCACGCUGGUGAUGGUGCUGCUGUGGAACCGCUGCUCCUCGGACACCUCCGGCCCCUUCCCGCGGAUCCCGCCGGGGCUGGAGCGCCGCGGGAUGGCCGAGGACGAGCCCAGGCAGCACAGUGAGGAGACCUCCCCCCAGGAGCAGCAGAAAGCCCCCCCCGUGGCCGGGGCAGGCAGGGCCCCCGCGCCCAAGUACGAGGAGAUUGACUGUGUGAUCAACGAGGAGCACACCGUGAAGGGCAGGAGGGAGGGCAACGAGGUGUUCCUGCCCUUCAGCUGGGUAGAGAAAUACUUUGAGGUUUAUGGGAAAAUUGCUCAGUACGAUGGUUAUGACAGGUUUGAAUUCUCUCAUAGCUACUCCAAAGUAUACACACAGCGGGCUCCCUACCACCCCGACGGGGUCUUCAUGUCCUUCGAGGGCUACAACGUCGAGGUCCGGGACAGGGUCAAGUGCAUCAGCGGGGUUGAAGGAGUUCCCCUCUCCACCCAGUGGGGGCCCCAGGGCUACUUCUACCCCAUCCAGAUCGCCCAGUACGGGCUGAGCCACUACAGCAAGAACCUGACGGAGAAGCCGCCGCACGUGGAGGUUUAUGAGACAGCCGAGGACAGGGGCAGGGCCGGGGACUGGGCCGUGCCCAAGGGCUGCUCCCUGACCACGGUGUGGGACAAAGCCAAGCUCACCGGGGUCAAACAGUUCUCUGCUCCAGACACCAGCGAGGGGGUGUCCCUGCAGCUGGGGAACACCCGGGACUUCAUCAUCUCCUUCGACCUCAAGUUCGUGACCAACGGCAGCAUUUCGGUGGUGCUGGAGACGACGGAGAAGAACCAGCUGUUCACGGUGCACUACGUGUCCAACACGCAGCUCAUCGCCUUCCGCGACAGGGACAUCUACUACGGCAUCGGGGCGCGCACCAGCUGGAGCACCCUGACCAGGGACCUGCUCACCGACCUGCGCAAGGGCGUGGGGCUCUCCAACACCAAGGCCGUGAAGCAGACCAAGAUCAUGCCCAAGCGGGUGGUCCGGCUGGUGGCCAAGGGCAGGGGCUUCCUGGACAACGUCACCAUCUCGGCCACGGCGCACAUGGCCGCCUUCUUCGCCGCCAGCGACUGGCUGGUGAGGAACCAGGACGAGCGGGGCGGGUGGCCCAUCAUGGUGACCAGGAAGCUGGGGGAGGGCUUCAAAUCCCUGGAGCCGGGGUGGUACUCAGCCAUGGCCCAGGGCCAGGCCAUGUCCACGCUGGUGCGGGCCUACCUGCUGACGCGGGACGCGGCCUUCCUGGGCGCGGCCCUCAGGGCCACCGCGCCCUACAAGCUGCCGGCGGAGCAGCGCGGGGUCAAGGCCGUGUUCAUGAACCGGCACGACUGGUACGAGGAGUACCCCACGUCCCCCAGCUCCUUCGUGCUCAACGGCUUCAUGUACUCCCUCAUCGGGCUCUACGACCUGAAGGAGACGGCGGGCGAGAAGCUGGGCCGGGAGGCGCGGCUGCUCUACGAGCGCGGCAUGGAGUCCCUCAAGGCCAUGCUGCCGCUCUACGACACCGGCUCGGGCACCAUCUACGACCUGCGCCACUUCAUGCUGGGCACGGCGCCCAACCUGGCCCGCUGGGACUACCACACCACCCACAUCAACCAGCUGCAGCUCCUCAGCACCAUCGACGACUCGCCCAUCUUCAAGGAGUUCGUCAAGAGGUGGAAGAGUUACCUGCGGGGCGGGCGGGCCAAGCACAACUGAGCUGCCACCAAAGCCGGGUGACGGCCCCGCUUCUCUACGGCCCGUUCAAAGAAGUGAUCCUUAGAACUGCUCUCCUGAAAUCACUGCAUUCCAGGGUGGGAACCUUUGGGGCCGAGGGGUGGGGCCGGGGAGCGUCACCCGUCCCCUGCGCUCCGCGAAGCGAAGCCCCCCCGUGCUCCUGAGUCUGAGGCUGGGUUUUGUUGGGUUUUAGUUUUCCUUUUUGCAGGAAAAUGUUUGCAGAAGCCAUAGAGGUCUCGAAAGUCCCGCAGGCCUCGCCUGAAGAGUUAAUCCGUGGCCUCUUAAACUGAGUCUUACGUGUCUCUGUGGGAACAGCUCCUGUGGUGUGACGCCGUCGAUGUGACUUCACUCGUAGCCUGGGUAGUGCACAGUGUAUCUUUUAAAGGCGGGGGUGUUUUUUAAUAGGAAUUCUUUUCUCGGGGUGACAAAUACACCUUUUUAAGUUUUUCCCCAGUCCUCUGGCUGGAGAUCCUUUAGCUGGAGGGUUUCUCCCCAGACGUGUGGGCGGAGGACGCGCGGCCGGCGCCACGUAAGCACAACUCGGUGGGGCUCGCGGGGCCCCCGGAGCCUGAGCCUCAUCACCCCCAGGUUCACCAUCACCCCUCACUGGUGUCACCUCGGAGCUUGGAUCCCUCCUCUGGAGCCUGAUGUCCUGUCCUGGGUUUUGUGAUUCCCUCUGAGAGGUUUCUCUGAGCUUUGGCCGCUUCUUUUUGGGGACACUCGUGGUGAGUUGCUGAGCGGGACGUGGAGCUCGUCCCGAGUCGCUCAGGAAAUUCAGUCGGGGUUCAUUAAGGGUUUCCUGAGGUGAUUUUAAUUUUUAACCUGCUCGAUCCAUCAAGCAUUUUAGAAAUUGAAGUUACCUCAGAGGGCUCUGCAGCUCUGCCUGGGCUUUAAUUCCUGAGAGGUUGUGGCUGCCCCAUCCCCUUGGAAGUGUCCAAGGCCGGGUUGGACAGGACUUGGAGCAACCUGGGCUAGUGGAAGGUGUCACUGGGUUGGAACUGGAUGAGCUUUAAGGUCUUUCCAUCCCAAACCAUUCCAGGAUUCCAUGAUUCACUGUCUUACAGUGUAAGGGGUCAUUACACCUCCAGCAGUGGCUUCUUGGGUGGGAUUUGCCUUCGUGGCUCUGCCAAGUGACCAGUGGUCCCUGUGCACAUCCCAACCCACACAUCCCAACCCACACACUGGGAUGGAGAAGAAACCAGGUGGAUUCUUCCCAUUUCCCAGUCCUUUACACCCACAUUACUCUGAGGUGUCUGGGGUGAUCCAGAGGAGUCAAACCAGCCUAUGGCUGAGGUUUGCUCUGAGCCCAAACUCCCAGAGAGGACACGGAUUGACUGUGGGGCUCCCACUGCUCCCAUUCCAUGCUGUCCAUGGAGGUGGGGCUUCAGGUGUUCGCCCAAACCCCAGGGAGGCCGGGCACAAGGACAACAUCCAUCUGCACUUGAGCAUUGCUUUGAUUUUUUUGAUGCUUUUUGGGAUUUCUGGCAGAGAUUUGAAGCAACUUUUGAAUUACUUGAUGUUCCAGCCCACGCUCCCACCACACGGAUCCGUGUGGGACGUGGGGGUGGAGGAGGAAUUUCAAUACCAAAGGUAGCAGAGGUGAUUUUUGUUACUUAUCUGUGCGCACACAAAACCACCCUAAAAAUGUGCUUCCCCCCCCAAAAACUGGUCCUUCCUGCGACAUCUCCCUCCUGCUUCUUCCCUCCACCCUGUCCCCGUUUGGGAGUUGGGGAAUCUGGAGACACCCUUUGGGUGCUGCUCGAGAGAUGGUUUUGGUGCCUUAUGGAGGCCACAAUUUCCAAUUUUUUGUUGUUUUUUUUUUUCCCUAAUUACAUCCAAUUCCAGGAUUGGAGCGUGGCUGAUCCGGCUCGGAAGCGCGAGCUGGCCGUGCCAACACCGUCGGUCUUGUCCCACCACCUGAUCCUUAACAUCCCAUUGCAUUUUCUUGGCCUUAGCACAAGUGGAACACCCAGCAGAGGUGGUAGAACCGUGGAGAAUCCGUGUGGAGUUUCUCCUGGCAUUCCCUCAGUUGAGUUGUGCGGUGGCAGAGGAUCGUCGGACACGGCGCCAACGCCAGCGGCGCCCAAACCUCCACCAGAUCCAUUUUGACUUUUUUGGGGUUUUUUUGUUGAUUUUCACUCUCCAAACCGACACACAGAUCUUUGGCACUGAGCCCUCAGACUCCAGACUCCGAUCCGAGCUCUCGGAGCCCCGGAUCCAGCGAAUCCUCCCGCGGGAUUUGCCGGCCCCGGGCGCCAUCGGAGGCGUCGCGCUCGCGGAUCCCCCCGACCAGUGACACAAGCACAACCCUCCCAGCGGGCAGGUGCCAUUCCCUGGAAGCUGCCAUUCCCUGGAAGCUGCUCUUCCCACCCCCCUCCUCGUGGGGCUUUGGUUUGCCGGGUUCUCGCUGCGCCGCCGUGGCCGGGCGGGCUCUCCCCGUGUGGUAAAUAUGCAAUAACUUGUUUACAGGAUGCUCUGGGCAGGGUGGUCCUUUGUAAAGCUGUACAGCCUUUGCAGUUCAAGCACAAUGUGCACAGUUAGUUUUCUAUUCAGCCAAACCUGAGUUUUUUGCAGCAGGAAGAGGUUCCUCUAUGUUUCUAUACGAUGUGAAAAUGGGUCAGCGUUUGUGCUUCGUGUAAAAGCUGCUUUAUAAGACUGUAAAAUAAAUUUUUUUAUCUUAAGGCAA